CGCAAAGUAAACAAGACUGAAAUUACGAGUGCUGAAAAUUACGAGUUUUCUCUAGGCAGCGUUCAUUUGUUGUCAUUUUGUUGUAAAAAUAUUUCUGAAGAAGAAUCCAAUUUUUCUCAUCAGUGAAUAACUAUCGUUUUUAACCGUUUCGUUACUUCUUGGUGAAAAUGGCCUAAUAAUUCCUCAUCUCUCGGAGUUUCCGAUCCGUAUCACCCAAAUAAGAGAAGUCCGAGUGUCAUUCUUAACCUAUAUGUUAUAAUGCAAGCAUCCUGUUCAGUUAUGAAUUUUGCUGUUUCCAAGGAGGAGGUUGAAGUUGUAUGGGAAGAUGUUCUGCUGAAAACCAAGAUGUAAAUCAGAGAAUGUAAUCAGCAGCAUCAUGGAUGAGUCCACAAGUAAGGCGGGGAAAGUGACCCAAGCAUUAUCACCAGUCAAACUGCAAAAAGUAAAAGUAGGCAGUAGUGCUGAAGAUGAAUCAACUGGUGAGGAGCGAGGUGGUGUUUGGAGCAUCGCUCGAGAAGAAGUGUCUCCUUCAAUAUCAAGAUGUGCUCUCAAUCACCCUCAUUCAAAGAAGGUAAUGAAACAUGCCCUUCGUCAACAAGCAAAGAGACGUCGCAAGAAUACAACCAUUGCCGCAGGGAACUCAGCCCCGCUACCACGCCCAAUCUUGGUACCGCCUCAAGCAGAAUUGGAAGAAGAGGUGGAAAGCCGAGUAAGACCCGCAACAAUGAUGGAGGUACUCAACUCAAUUCCUGGCUUCACACUGAAACCAAGGAAGCGUUCAAACAAGAAGCUCUCUCCUGCUGCUCAGUUGGAGCAGCUUCAAACAAGGGAAGGUUCCAUUGAUUUGGAAACACCUGACUCAAUUUUAGUUCAAACCAAUUUACGGUUUCUCCUCAACAAGCACACGUUUGCAUCAUUACCACCAUUGUACCAGUGCAAAUUGGUUCAGCUUCUCCCUCAUGUUGACCGAACCUACCACUCCGACUCCACUUUCAGGUUAAGUGCAAGUGGAUUGAACAAUGAAUUUUUUGCAAGAGCCCUUCAACAAUGGAGAGAGAGGUUGGCGGAAGGAGAAUUCACUCCUGAAAAUCAACAGAAACUAAAGUUAGAAGCUGAAAAAGAAAAAAGUAAAUUGGAUCCUUGGAAGCUGAAACAUUUUGAGCCCAUUUGGGGUGAGAGCAACACCUCAGCGCUUCACACAGCAACGAGCACAGCAGCUCUAUCAGUUGUCACCGCUUCCGAAUGGACAGCACCAAAAUCUUCUCUCAAAGCAACCAUCAAAGUCCGUCCACCUGCAGCGAGACUUCGAGGAGAAGGAGCUGUAACAAGGGCGUUAUCAUCAUAUCGUGGAAAACGAGAAGCUGAAGAUCAUGACUUGGAGGAGCAACCAAAGAGGAGCAAGUCAGAUGCUGCUCACACUCAAACUUCAGCAACUGUAUCAAACCAUGUGACCGAAUUGGACAGGGAUCAGGUAGAUUCCUCUUCGCCCUGUCGCAGUUCAUUGCAGGUAGAAUUUUCAAGCGACGGAAUCAUAACAACAAGUCCUGUAGCCAGUGUGUCUCCUGUUAUUCCUUCGAAUAUCUCUACGGUUGAAAAAUGUUCCAUGGUUGUGGGGGCUGCCUCGGAGUAUACAUGUAUAAUACCAUCAGAGGAAGUGUUCAACGCCCCUCCGAUGGAGAUGAAAUCUGAGGACCUCCAAGGUCAUGACUCAGAUGACUUCAUCUACGUUGAUCCCUCUGCAGAUUACAAUGAGUCUGAAAAUGAAUCUUCCCUUGCUGAUACAAGUGGAGGAGAUAAGGACAAUUUAUUGUGUCCAGUCUCGGAAGCAAACUGCCUUGGUUUAACAGCAGCAGAAGAUGUGUCCACAGUCCAAGACUCCUCUACAGACACUUGUCCUCCUCAGAGUAAAUCUGAGGAAGAAAAAAUUGUUGAAACCAGUGAGACGACAAGUUUGGUGCUAUUACCUUCGCCCUCCAAUGGAUUCGCCGUUUCUAAUGAGGAUCCUGUUGUGAAGUCUGAGGAAUCAAUCCCUGUGGAAACAAAAAUCAGCGAAGAACUAGUCAUGGAAACUACAGUAUCAUGUGUGGAUUUUGUCGAAGCUGACAACGAUAAAGUAGCAGACUCUGUCCAACAAGAGGCAAUCCUAACAGAUGCCAGUGAGUCAAAUACAAAGAGCUCAACAUUUUUUCCCGAUGAAUGUAAUUCAUGCACGAUAACAACGAACCAGAUGGACCUUCCACAUAAUCCUACAAUGGAACCUGUCACAGACUCAAGUACAAAUAGCACUGGAACUGACUUACCAGAUUCACAUCCAGAAACCUUAUGUGUCUCUCCGUCUUUGAUGAAAUCAGGAAUCGACGAAGAUGAUGACAUUAGGUCACAAAAUUCCUCUGAUAAUCAAAAUUUAGAAUCGCCAAUCCCUGAGGAAAAUUUUCGGAAGGAGGAAGUACCAUCUGAAAGUAAAGAGACUUCUGAAUCUUUCACAGACAACCAGACCCUAUCUCAAGAGUCAAGCAGUCCUCAAAAACUCGACGAUCCUCCUUCGCAGGACGAUUCAGAAGAAAUGAGUAAACCAGAGAAUGCUGCAAAUGUGAAUGGAAGUCCACAUCCAAGCCCUACGCUGGAGGAAAACUUGGAGCUCACAAGAGCAGAAAACACGCUUGAUGAUGAGACAUCAAGUGUUACAAAUACCUCUCCACAAGCCUUAUCUGAAAGCAAUUCUGAACACCCUGCUUUUGUUGAUUCAGAGCCUAUCGAAUCGCUAACAAGUUCAAAAAACACCCCUAGUAGCCCAGUUGUGGGCGAAAUCAACCUCCAAGAGUCUGCAGUAAAUAUUCCUGCACCCUCUGCAUCACAUCCAUCUCCAGUAAUGCAUCUGUCACCAAGUGAACCUGUAAAUUUUAAAGAGGAAACCUCUGAAAAUAGUGCCACCAGUGAAUCUGAUCCGCAUGUAGAUCACCCUUUGGAAACAUCUCAGAAAGAUGAUACUUCCGCGGUGUGGGACGGAGUCGACUCGAGUACAGACAAACCUUUGACUCUACAGGUGGAAGGAAAACAAGAAGAAGUAGCUGUCAUACCCAUGCAAGAGGAACUAGAGGUUCGUUUAGAAGAAAGCUCUCUACCAGCACCCACCUGUGAGUGGUCUGACUUUGACAAGUCAGAACCCUCAACAAAUUCACAAAACCCACCUAACGCAGUUCCUUACCCUGGCCAUGUUAAACUUGAAUUAGAAGUUACUUUGACACCAGAAGUUGACAAUCAAGUAUCUUCAACAGUGGAAAGUAGUGGAGCGGUUAUCGCACCAACAACGAUAGUGUGUCUGCCGUCUGUUGCUGCCCCUCCUUUACCCCCUGUUUCUGCUGUUGCCGUCCCCUCCACACCUAACAUGGUCAGCUCACCAGCGCUCCCAUACCUCGCGUUAUCCACCAGCACGCCUGUCACUGCUGUCAGAGCAAUUCCAUCGAUUCCUUCAAAACCAAAUGUAAAGGCGGGAGGUCCGAGUCGAGGGUCUCGAGGCACAUCAAACAAACCUCCUCCUGGAGCUGUCAAUUUAGAAAGGAGUUAUCAAAUAUGCCAAGCAGUCAUUCAGAACAGUCCAAACAGAGAUCAGUUGCGCUCACAGUUGAAGCCUCCUCCAUCCACCCUUCUCAGCAAAGAGGGUGUGAAAACUGGUGUGCUGCCCUCCAAAGUGAACAGGCCUGGAGUUCAAACUACUAAGCCAGUUCGAGGCCUCCCGACCCCACCAGUCCUUGUCAAGCAUGUUUUUACAUCAUCGCAAGGAAUACCGGUCACCAUGGCUGUUUUGCCUCCUGUUAAUACCCCUGAGAUGACUGAUGGAGGACAAUUUUUAUUGGUUCAAAGAGGGACUGGCCUAAGUGGUGUCCGCAGACCUUCGAGCGCUCCACCAGCCAACAUUAAACUACCUGUCUCCAGUGUCGCCAGAAACCGACCUGCCAGCGUCGGCAUUCAGGCUAUAACCAGAGAGCGCUUCAACGGUGCUGAUUCUCCAGUUCAGAACAUUUACAGUAAACAGCAAUCUGUGGACAGCUGUUCUUGUAACCUGAAUGCGAUGGUGGUUUGUCAAAAAUGUGGUGCUUUCUGUCAUGACGAUUGUAUUUCCUCCUCAAGACUCUGUUUAACUUGCUUGAUUCGAUGAGCUGAACAUUAGUUUUUGUGCGAGUGAAUCUAAUCAGUCAGCAUUAUCUUUUUCCAUAAAUGUUAGUAGCCUAGCUGGAUUCAUUGCUAUGUCAAUCUCCCAAUUUUAUUUUUUGAAAAAAAUUUAUUUGUCUCAGGAUAAGUUGGUCAGGACUGACUCUGAAAUUCCUUUUGUUUGACUGCAAUCAGAUGGUAGUGAAAGUAUAUCUGACCAGACCUCACCCCUCUUCUAGGACUGUAAAAAUUUUACUCCAAAUUGCUUUAAGCACAAAAUACGUAAUUGUUAUUUUUCAUCGAGUGUGUAGUUACAAGUAGAGAUUCCAAUUUUUUUUUUUUGUUUAGUUACAUCCUGAAACAGAAUUCACUACUGCAAAAUAAUGAGUUAUUUAACUGUCUAUUAUGAGCUAGAAUUAGUUUCUAAGAUACAUUAUUUAGACCAAAUUUUUUUUGUCCUUUGUACUCAAUCUAGUUGGAAACAAAAUCCAAAAUACCCUGAGCAGACGGUGUUUUUUUGUUUCACUGCAAACUCAUUUCAAUUGAUUCUGAUCGCUUGAAAUUAAAGGAAUAAUUGUGUCUCAAUAGUUAGUCAUGAAGAAACUAAUCAGUGUGGAUCAACUUUUUUUUUGUUUAAAUCAGGAACUUACCUGGAAGUGUGAGAGGUAACUCGGAUACAUGUUUCUAUAUUUGCAGUGACUCAUUGUCUGGGUCUAAUGUUCUGGAAUUCUUCAGAAUGCCGUAAAUUGUUCCUUAAUUAUUGUAUAAUUUUUUUUUUUUUUUUUUUUUUUUUUUUUUUUUUUUAAAUUUUUCUUAUCAUUGAAUCAAAGAGAUGGUUUGCUUCCUUUCUUAGGACUGAAAUCAUUGUUGUUCCUUUCUGCAGGAAGCCCCAUAAGGUAUGCAUUGUGAUCUUGCAAUUUUUAAGGGGAUCUUCAAUUUAGCUUCAUAAGAAGUACAAUUUUAUUGAAACGGCAGUUAAAUUCAAGAGAACAUAUUUAAAAUUGAUCUUUGAAAGGGAUCAAAAUAAUUUACCUCUACGCUUAUUACAAAGUACAGAAGAAAAAAUAUUGGAGAUUUUGCAAAUAUUAAGGUGGUAAAAAGCUAAAACAGAAAGCUUGUAAAAUACAUGACAUUUUUCCCUCCUUAUUUUGUAUUUUUUGCAGAGGCAAAUCAUUUUAAUCCCUAGCAAGGAUCCAUUUCAAAAUUUAUAUGCUUAAAUUUUAUUCUCAGUUCGGAAAAAUUGGCAUUUUUAUGAAGCUAGGUCGAAGGGCUUAAACCUUGCUUAAUCGUUAUUUGAAAAUUUGGAGGAUAAUUUGGUUUGCAUUUUACAAGUAGGAACUAUUGUUGCUGGUUCAUUUUACGUAGAAAGAACGAAUGUGCCAUUUGCUUCCAUAUGCAGUCGUAGGUAAAUGCUUUUACAGACGAGAUAGAAAUUUUAGUUCCUAAUUGCAAAAUGAAGUCCAUUUGUUUUUCUCAUAGAAAAUCCUGUCAAACUUUCACUAGGAAGCAAACACCAGUUUCCUUAUAAAAAAGAGGCCCCCCUCUCUUCCCCUCUCUCCGCUCUAAUGCAGUCCAGUGAAUGGAAUGGAACUUUAGCAUCCUCAAUUAUUUUAUUUAGUUCCUGAAAAUUAAUCUAGUUUUAAUUGUUUGUUUCCUUACUUUGAUUUUAAAUUAAACUGGUGGGCUCAUUAUUGAAAUUGAUAGACAAAGCAAUGAAGCAAAGAAGAAGAUGGGAAAAUGGAGCGAUUCUAUUGGUGGAAGCGGGUGGUUCCAAUGGACAAAGGAACUAAGUAAAACACUAAAUAACAGCAACAGACAAAAGACGCUGUAGUCAGUCCAUCAUUUUCUCCCUUAGUCCAUGACAACCUCCCGUUUCAACAAAUACGAUUGCUCUUUGUCUAUUACUUCGUCUAUCAAUUCCAAUAAUCAUCCCACUGGUCCCUUAUUCAGUUUCAUUCUUUUCGUUAUCCCUAAUAAGUUGAAAGCCUUUUUUUUCUUUUUUCCUUUUUCUAUUCAACAAGUAAUUAUCAAUUUAUUCUUCUAAAUGUUUUAUUAUCUAUUAUCUGUAUUUUAGGUUUUCAGUCAAAUUUGUUUUAUCUGUAAAGGUUCUUUUUCCUUUUUUUACAUCUUCUCGGAAGGGACAAAGUAAAUUAAGAAAACUUUGGAAGUGGUUAACAGGAUAAAAAACAACUAUGCAUAAUGUUUUGGUGGCAAUUCACCCUGUUCCUGUGUUAUGAAUUGCUUCAGUGUUUUAACUGUGUUGAUCGUUCGGCAUUCUGAUUGUAUCAUCCAAAUGAGCCAGUUUGUUGUUUUAAGAUUGUCAGCAAAAAUAUUUGGGGAAAACAUCCAACAACUUGUGACAAACGGGUGAUAUCAAAUGUCACGGCAAGUGAGCAAAGAAGUUGUACUGAAAUGUGUCUGAAUAUUUAGUAUUGAAGAAGAAGACCGAUUUUAAUUUUUGCCCGUUUGCAUUUUGACAGUAAUUCUCUGUUACCAAACAAGCCAUACCCAUUUUAAGACCCUUUAAUUCGAAAAGUUAUUUCCCCAUAACUUCAACAGGAGCCCAUGAAUCUUAUCGUAUUAGAUUGAAAAAGAAAGAUGAAAUAAAUGAAAAAAAUAAAAAGUCCAUACAUCUCUCUCACACACAAAUGAAUUUAUCAUUUAUGAAGUAGGGACUCUCAUUUUUUGGAACAAAGAAACGUAUAUUCUUAAUUGUUUGAAUAUUUUUCCCUCUUCCCAGUCUUUAAUUCUAUUUUUUUCUCAUUUGUAAUUUAUGUGUACAAAUAGUAGCGUCAAAUAAGAUUUCUUUGUACACUUUUCAGAUUUUAUUGUAUUUUAAAAUUUUUUGUUUUGUGAUAGUGAUUGUUAAUGCUUAACUAUUGUACAUUACAUUAUUUAUAUAUUUAUUUAUUUUAUUUUAUUGAUUUUGUAAUUGUUCUCUAUUAUUUUUAAGGGUCUUAUUUCACAAUUGUCAUUGCUUUGUAAUAUAUUAUUCAUUAAGACACAUCAUUUUGUUUCUCAGAAACCUGUGUGUGAAUAUGUUUUAGAUUUAGCGUGAUGUCCAAGAUUUAUUCAGUUCAUACUUGUUAAUUUAUGAAAACCGCUCAAAAAGUAUAAUCUCUUUUAUCUUAUGUCGUUAUUUGUGAAAGCAUUGUAUAUAUUAGGUCUUCCGAUAAGUUAAAGUUAAUUUGAAAUGAAAGAGUAUUACAAGUUGAAUCUUCCUAAUUUGAUUUGUGAGCCAAUAGUUAUUUAUUUUUUGUAUGUUCUUGUGAGAUUAUUACUUUUUCAAUAUGUAGCAAUCGUUGGGGGCAGACAAACUACAAAAUGUAAGGUACAUAUUCGAUUUUUCAUGGACCCAGGAUCAUAAAUUUAUGAAUGAUCAUUUUUUUCUCCUCUUAUAGCUCCUAAGCUCAUGUAUCUGACUAUCAAAUAUGACUUUAAAACUUAUUAUGUACACCAGCAUUCUGAGCUCCAAAAUUCGAAUAUGUAUCUUUAUUUCAAUGUAAAAACGCUGCGUUAAGUUCCUUAAUCGCAGCAGAUAAUUUUUUAUUUUUUGUUUGUUUUUUUUAUUGUUUUAUUCAGUGUGUAGGUCAGAGUGCAUUUUCUCUCAGAAUUUAUGUGAAGAAAAAAAAUUAUUUAUCUAUUAAAUUUUAGAUUUUAAAAUCAGAAACAAUAUCGGUCUCGGUCUCUGAACUCUGCAUUUUUAUAUUGAUUUAAGGUCUCAGAACAAUUUGCUCUUGUUCAAGAAUUCUUAGUUUUUGGUGAAAUUUUCUUUGUUCAUAAAGACAUUUAAAGGACAGGAACUUUUCGUCAAUAACAAGCUUGAAAUUUAAAACAGAAAGAGGCAAUAAUACUUUCAGUCUGAUCAUUGAUCAGUUGUUUUUUUGUCAGUUCAGUAGAAUUUCAUAUUCUUGUUUUCAUUUGGUUGUUUUACUUGAAUCUUAAUAUUGCUGCUGCAACAAUGAAUGUGAGAAAUGCAGCCGCUGAAGUUAGAAUGCCAAUGGAUAACUAUCGAGCAGACUUUCACAACCAUAAAAAUUUCGCUGAUGUAAUUCUUUGAUUCUAUUUCCUAUGUAAUGCGGAUCUUGAUGCAUUUUGGAAUUUUGAUAACAUCAAAAUGUUGAUCUGAACUGUAUUCAAAGCUCUGUCAAUAGAGUUUAAAUUGCUUUAAACCUAAAGUAUGUUAAAAUGUUGACAAGUGCUAGCACAGUCAACAUGCUCCCAGUUCAUUCAGUCCAAGAAGUUGUCCUAACUGUGUAACUUCUGCUUGAUAUUAUUUUAAUAGGUACAUUAAAUUCAAAGAAAGUGUACUUCUGACCUACUUAGCAUUUGCGUCUGAUUUCAGCAAAAUUUUUUUAAGACAGCUAAUGGUUUGUAUUAUGCUAUCUCAUCACUUAUUGGAGGGUGUUUUCACAACUUAUUCUUCCGAGUAACCAUAUUCUAAUUGUGAAAAGAUAAUCAUGAUAAUUAUGCAUUUAUCUAUUUCAUGCUGCUAAUUGUUCAAUAUGGAAUUACCUGUUAAGUUUCAUCUUUUUAUAUCUCUCCAAAUCAUCUCAGAGUAGGUCAAACAUUAGUGUAGGCCAUGUGUAUUAUAGAUGUUGAUAUUAUCCCUUUAGGUGGCACUGUGUUUUGUCGAUAGUCAAUGAGCACUUCCUUAAUCUAUGGCCUCAAAAAUGUUCUCUCAAUGCUCUAGAGAUCCUCACAGGUCUGCUUCAAAAUGCAUAUCUCAGAAUGUAGAUCUAAUUAUCAGUGAUUUUUGUGCGAGGCAGGAAUUUUUUAUGCCACAUUAAAAGUCUCUGACCGAGCAAUUAAACUCCAAGUUAGUCUAUAUUCUCAAGAUGAAAUGCUCUGAGGGAAGUGAUGCCAAAUAAUUAUAAACUGAAUUGUCAUUUAUGAACCUUUUUCCAUGUACUUGGUUUUCUAUCUCCGGUAUCCUACCUUUUAGAGGAACAUCAGGUUUUCCAUUGAUAUUUGUGUAACUUAGAUCAACUCCCUCUGGUCGUCAUCUGUCUGAUAUUUUUUUAUAAUGGGGUGGUUGGCAUAGAAUCGUGUUUCAAUGACUCAAGCUUUUAGUUUACGCUUUAAGCUAUUUGUUCAAAUGCCAAGGUCCCAUGUUAAAGAAGAAUAGAGUUAUCGCUCAUCAAAAACAUUGUAUAAGUCACCAUCCAAUAAGGUAGUGCAUACCAUGGUUUCUUCCGCCUUGGUUUCAUUCAUAAGGUAUGCACACAUUUUGCAACAAGAAACUAUAAAUUGUGGCUCAGUUUAGAAACAAUGUAUGUAACAUAGAUUUUCCUAUGCACUUAAGUGUUUUUAAGAAUGAACCAGAUAUUGUAGUUCCUAAUUGCGAAAUGUAGUCCAUUACUCCAUUUAUCCUGAUUUCUCGACGUAAAACGCAGGUAAAACCAAGGCGGAAGAAACAUUUGCAUGCACCACCGCCGUGCAUGAUUUCACACAGUAUGUUUCUUUAUGGGGAUAUUUACGUAAAUAUUGGAUGUAGAAACUUAAAGUUUGUACACAUCUUAUUUAAUUUUAUUACCCUAUAACCUUAAACCAACAAAACACGAUUCUGUAACAAGUGUAAGUGGCUCACUGUCAUGAAAAAUUUUGGCCAGUUAAGUAGAAUGUGCCUCUGAAGUGUAAAAUUCUGAAUAAGAUGGAAUGAAAAUCCUCUAAAUUCAAUACCACCUAUACCAGGCACAAAUUUCAAUUUCAGUCUAUCAUAUUCGUGCACAUACAAAAAAUAUGCUGUGAUUGAGCAUUGUUAAUAUUUUCAUGAGGAAGUUUAAAAAAGAUUUGACUGUCGACUUUUUAUGGUGCCACAGAAACUAUGCCUCAAAAUACUAAGUGUAAAAUGGUGCUUCAAGAGGUUUUAAAACACUUUUUGUGUGUACUUAGAAAUUUCGAGUUUCUGAUCAAGCCGUACCAAAGUGUUUCCAUGAUAUCAAAUCUUUACUCCUGUUAUUUCUUAUGAGGUACAUAUUUUUUCCAUUUUCAAAGAAAAUUUGUGCUUGAUAGCUUCAAUGGAGCGGAAGUUUUACUCAGGCACCCAAAAAGCUGAUGUAUUUUACUAUCUCAUGACCUCACUGCAUAAUUUACACAUUUUAUUGUUCUGUUUAGUUUUCAUAAUUUACCCCGGUCAUUGAGGUUUUUUUUUUUUUUUUUUAUUUUACGCUAUUUGCGCUCAAACUUUCAAUUUUUAUAUUUUAAUUUUUUUUUAUCUUAUGAAUUUUUUCAAGAGAUUGAAGUUGUUGAAUUCAACUAAUUCGUUCGAACAGUGUCCUUGAGUUUUUAAAUGAAGCUGUAUUUCAAAUUUUUGUGGAUAAUUUUGUUUUUAUUUUUACAUAUAAAAAAGUCUUAAAACCAAAAUAUUAUUCAUCUGUAAAGUUGAAAUUAAGAAUUAAAGACCAAUUUUAAUUAACGUAGAAAAUUUAAACCGACUGUUUCACACACUCAACUCCAUUUAUGAACUUAUAAUUUAUUUUCAAGCCUCCAAAAUAACCUAGUGGACAGGUCUAAUUUCGAGCAAUAUACUCUGCUUCUUUUCUCAAAAUUUAUCUGAAAAUUAUAUAGAAAUGUAAAAAGUUUGGUAACUAACUCCUGAGUGUUGAAGUGUUCACAGUCAACACCCAUCAAACGUAAAUAGAUGUUCAAUGUAAUCUAUCCACCAUUUCAUUACUGUUUGGUUGACUUGCUAAAGUUAAAAUUGUGCGUUGAUUUUGUAACUUUUGGUUUUAGAUGCAUGCUUCUUGGUUGUCUGCUGAAACAACACUAGGAUACACUGUUUUCAGUCAUGACCUUAAACCUUUCUAUGAUAGAAUAGAUUGGUUGUUCAAAAUCAAGUAAAGAAAACAAGAUUUUAAACAAUGAAACAUCGUCAUUCAGACAAAAUCUGUGUAAUUCCUCCUACUAAACGUUGAAGUAAAUGCAAGAAAAGCAGUGCUCAAUUUGAAACCUGUCCUCCAUGUUAUUUGCCAUCUUCAAAUGAAUUCUCCAUUUUCAGCUUGAGCAAGCAAUAUAAGUAGUCUUAACCCUGUUUUUGGCCUCUUUUACGAUCUCUCUCAAUUUUUAUUGAAUAAUAUACCUUUUAACUUUAUUUAUUUAUUUAUUUUAAUUUCCUAAAUUUGCUUAUAUUGGGAGCAAUAAUGUACAGUUUAUUAGCCUGUAGUGAAAAGUAAGAUGAGUUCAUUUAAUGGACCAAUUUAUCACUUUGCUUAAAUUUUGAAAGUGGUAAGUGCCACAAAGUUUACCUUGCAUGAUUCGCAUUUUUUCGGCUUGAAUUUGAAAUUUAAAAAAUUUGAAAAUUAUUUAAAGGAGCUGUCAAUUGGAUAAUCAACAUACUUUCUUUCUUUUUAUUGGCGCCAUUAAUAGGUGCCCAGUUUUCAAGCUGAAUUUUUUUCAAGGAUGCUAGAGGCAAGAAAUUUCAAUUGAGAAUGCUUUCAUCAGCUUUUUUGUUUUGUUGUUUCUAGGUAUAUUUUUUUCUUUCUCAACCAUCUGUAAUAUUUUAAUGCCUUUCAAUGCAUUUUAAUUUCCUCUGUUUCAAAUGUAAUGAAAAUAAAAUACACAUAACUAUUUCUGAAAUAUAAA